AUGGCAGGGAACAACUUGGAGGUAGAUGAUGAGGUUCCAAAGCAGCUGCCUUUGAAUGCAGAGGAGGUGGAUGUUCUGGAGUCCUACCUUGAGCAAUGGGAUUCCACAUCAGGUCAGGAGAGAAGUGCAGUCUGGGGGGAUGGGACAAGAGAGGCUCGGCUGAAGGCACCUACCAUGGAUGCCAAGCUGUUGAAGUCACGCAGGACAGUCUACCAAAAAUGGCUACAGAACCAUGGAGGAAAGAAGGACAUGAAACCUCCCAUUAAUCUAGGGUGGAAGUGGACAUACUGGACAGUUUUUGGCUGUCUGAGGAAGAUGGAGCUUCUUCUGAAGAUCGAAGACAAGACUGGUGUGGAACUUGGUGAACCAGGAAUGAUGAACCAUUAUUCCAAAUACCUCACAGAAAUGGUAAAUUCUCUGACCAAGAAGGAGGUGAAGGAGGCCACCAAGAUGGCCACAGUGUGGAACAAGCAAGGAGUUCUGCCUGAGGUUCAGGCUGACACAGCAAAACAAAAGAGCAAUGAGAUACUCUGGUACAUGGCUGGUGAAAUGUUCAAGAAGGCUGGGAUGCAGCUCUUCAUGCUAUCAGCUUGGAAAAAUGAGGAAGGAAAACUUCUGGUGUCAAGUCAUGAUUACAAUGAUGAGCUCGGGAAUGGUGAAAGCUUCACCAAGACAUGCGACUGGCAGGUUGUAUUACCAGAGUGGGAGACCUAUGUGUCAAAAAAAUUCAACAAAGAAGUUGACAAUGGCACCAUGGUAAAGAAGGGCAGGAAGGACAAUACAUACACCCUCAAGAUAGGAGGCAAUGGAUUGCCCAUCCUUCUGGACCAUGCAGAGAUGGAUUCAGACACCUGGAAGGCUGUUGUCAGGGCCUUCUUGAAUUGGCAUUAUUGUGAUGGGAAGCCCAAAGAUCCUGUGCCUUGGAAGGAGUUCUAUGGCUGGUGGAGCAAGGCUGAUAAGGAGGUGAAACCACCUGUUGCAAGUAUCAUUGAAGCUGAAGUCAGUGAACAAGAGGGUGAACUACCAAAAAGGACUUCAGGAGGAAAGGGCAAGACCCGGACCUUGAACAAGCAAAAGUCUAAAGUGCGGGUGGUUGUACCCCCCAACAGCUUGAAUGAUGGCAAAGAAACCAAGUCAUGGGUGACAAUGAUAGCCUCAAAGAAAUCCAAGGUUCUGCCUGUAAAGACAACCAGUGUGUUGAAACCUCAGGUGGACUCAGAGGACUCAGAGGAUGCUUUCCAGGCUCCCAAUUCAUCCGACAAGCCUUUGGGUGAUGAAAUGCUAGAUGUGAGGAUAGGAAAGGCAUCAGUCAAUCAAAAGGCAAGUAGAUUGAGCAAGGAUGUGGCAACAAAACCAAAGAGAGUCUUGGAGGCAAGUAGUGAACAUGGCAUGGACAAAGAACUCUAG